UGGUAAGUACACUAUGAGGAACUAUAUUAUUUUGAAAAGUUUCCAACGGUCAUGGUCGGCUGACUUUGGCUGCACCAGCCGGCGAGAAUUCCUUAAAAAUCUUCUACUUUUUCACACUCGCGUUUAGGCAAUGAUGAAAAAGAUCACAAUUUAUGUAUUGAGUAUUAAGUUUAUUUCAAUCAAAUUUUUGUUUUUCAUAUUUUCAGUAGAAAAUCAUGGUUCUGUGUUAUUUUGGUGUGCUCAUCGUCAUAUGCCAUGCACAGCUAACCCAAGCCAUUGCGCAAUGCGGUCGCCCCACAUAUUCAGAGUAUGGUCAUCAUCUUUCCGGUCACGUUAUUACAACAAGUAAAACUUCCAGCAUUACUGAGUGUGUAAUGUUCUGCUUGAACGAGUCUCGCUGCAAGAGUUUGAACUUUCGUUUAAAAGAUAAGUCAUGUGACUUGAACGCUGCAGACAAACGUACUCACCCAAGGGAUUUUGGUCCGAAGGAAGGAUCAGUUUAUAUGAACAUGGUAUGGUAUUGGCGAAUUCUAUAUAAAGAAAUUAAACGAAAUAAUGUUUAUCUGGCAGUACAUAUCGAAAAAUUAUGCUAUUUAUUUCUAAAUCCGUGAUCCUCCCACUGUUAUGCUGAUUUGAGAGACGAUAAUGUUUUCAUACAUUUGUCGUCUCACUUUUGCCACCUGUGAUUGGCUGGCAUAUAGAAUCAGAUCGAAGUGCUCUGUGAGCAAACUCGUGAAUUGACACAUGAUUUUUUGGAUUAUGUUUAAUGUUAUCUGGAGACAAACGGGAACGAGCUUUGAGUGAUAUAACUAAGCCAAGACUGCCACCGUCAUUUUUUAUCUCCGCCUGAGUAGAUUUUAGUCACGUGCUAGGUAACUUAUAAUCAAGAACAAGAUAGAAUUUCAUUUCAGGCCUACUUAUCAAUUUUGUGGUGUAUAACUUUCGCAUUUUAGUACGUAAUAUUUAUUUUGAAUCUUCAAAUUAUCUUGAAACUUAAAAGAAAAUUGUUCUUUAAGAGAUCGCUGAAAAUCGGUAGCUAAAAUUGUUUGUUUAGGUGUUAUUUGAUUUUCGUGUUAACUUGUAAUUUCGUCCGUCGCCGGUAUCUUCUGUUGCUUCAGACAGGAAAAACACACGAUACGAAACGCAAUGAUCGAUUUUGUCCUCAAUCUCACACCACAACAGAAAAAACUUUUGAACAUCUGUAAACUCCGAGCGGUUCGCAGUAAGUGAUAUUUUCAAUGAAUCUUCGGAUUGUUUUCAAGUUCAAGGAUUGUAAAUUACAAUUUUAUGAAAAACGAAGGUUGUUCUGUUAUUUCAGUGUGAAUCCUUGCAUGCCUGCCAGUCGCUGGCGCCGCUUGUUGAAACUAAAACGAAAAAAAAAACUCUUUUAAGAUUAUCAUUGGCUUCUUUUUCACCCCACCACUAUUCUUAGCAACAAAGGUCGCCAUUUCGUUUCAAAAGCCUAAAAUCGAAAAAAAGUUUACAGGAAUCGACCAAUCGAGCGAGCGAGCGAGCGAGCGAGCGAGCGUGUGCCAUUCUCCACAUCAUAUCUAGAACUCGCUCUUGCGCAUGCGCACAAUUCACGAGUUAAAAAAAAUGACCUCGCAGCAUCAAAAUAUGUUCCUCACGUAUCUUCAAAAUUUCAGGUUCGAUUAAUAAAAUCUCUAUCCACGCGUAUCCUUUUCGAUUUAAAAAGUGAGAUUUCUGCCUCUGGUUCAGCUUUUUGUCCAAACUUGAGAAAAAAAUACUCUUGUAUUAAGCUCCGUUGUUUCACGAUUGCGAUCAACUAGUGAAUACAUCCUUUCCGAAUAACCGACAACAUUUCGCAAUUAUUAUAUAGGAUGCAUUUGUGUUAUUGACCAAACGUCUUUCUUGGAUGGUUGUUUGUUAAAAUAGGGCGUGGUACACAGGGCUCCCAAAUAUUAGCAACAGAGAAAUAAGUAAACAAAUAAACAAAUGCGUGAAUAGAUAAAUGAUUGAAUAAACGAAGCCAUGUAGUCAAUAACAUAUCAAAACACAACAUAACAAAUUUAUUUAUUAAGUGUCGAUGUUUUCAGCUUGGAGAGCUAUUUGGGGACACUAAAAAUAAUAGGAAAAAAACAAUAAUAAAAUGAGUUUAGACACGGUAUCAUAAGGUAAAUUCAUAAUUAACUGAGAUCUAAAAUUUAUCAAAAGUUAAAAUUUAAAAGUUAAAGGUUACGGAGUUGUCCCCACUAAAAUAUACAGAAAAAUGCUAAAAAUAUUUUUCAAAAUUCUCAAGAACUACAAGUUAGACAGGAGCUACAAUUGUCACCUAUAAGAUCUUCAAGGUUAAAACGCUAUAUGUUUUACUUAAAGGAUUGUGAGGUAGGUUUGCCUUGAAUUUGUUGUCCGAUCUAUACCAUAUAUAUGGUCCAAAGUACAUUAAAGAAUGUUUCCCGUAAUGUUCACUAUUAAAUGUGGGUGAAUGAAAUUCCAUAUUCCUUAGGUGAUGUUUGGAUGACUGAACACUAAAAAUGUCAACGACAUUACUAAGUACCAAACUGCACUUAACUUAAUGCAUUAAGGUAGCAAGAUCUUGUAAACGCCUGCUUUGUAAGCUAGGUAGUUGGGCACAAUUAAGGAGAUUGGAGUACUCCACUGAAUAUGUGUUAUACACAAUCUUAAGGGCCCGUUUCUGUACUCUUUCAACUUUUCUGGCGCCGAAGGCUUUACAUAAGUGCCAUAUAAGGUGAACUAUGGCAAUAUUGAGGACUUACAGGGAUCAGAUUUCUUUUUUUUUACACAGUUCACAAAUGCGUUUGCUAAAUACAAGGUGUUCUUCGAUGUCAACUCCGAGAAGGCUAAAGUCCUCAGUACUUUUAAUGACAUGCGCAUUGGAUGUUAAUAAAGCUUGAUCUUUAUCAUUCUGAGAGUUGAUCAUCAGCAACUGGAUCUCAUCGGGGUUGACCAUAAGACAAUUAUCGUUAUACCAGGUCAAGGUCUAUAUGCUUUUAAUAAUAAAAGGUCCUUGAUCAUCAUUUCAAUUGUUAGGACUUCAACGUGUUUAAAUGUUGGCGUUUUUACAAUUUUAGAAGCUAUAGUUGAAGAAAUAAAUGUACGCAAUAAGUCCGCCACCUCCUUUCGGCUUCUCUCCUUCCUGUACAUUUGAUAGCCUUGUGGUCGGAACUGGUCACUUUUGUAUGGAGAGUCAAUCUUCAUUUCAGAAAGUAUUAUGAUUUGUGAUUUUAGUAAUUUCAGCUCGUCGAACUUAUUCUGAAUGCUGUUGAUGUUUAGGUGAAUCAUAAGUAGAUCAUGUUUAUAAGACUUAAGUUGUUCAACAAGGUCGGAUUCGUUCCAGGUCGAGUCGACAAAAAGCAGUAUCAGUUCAGAAGCUUGGCCGGUACUAAUCCGUGGGUUCCUUAAUCAAAUCAUAGGGUUUGGCGUAAGAUAGCACGGUAAACAGACAUUUAGUUCAAUACCCUUCGUAAGUUCGACCUUUGCUGGAGCAAGUUAUAUUCUCUAGGAGACAUUCCACCACACUUCUUGUGAGUUCGUAGAUUACAUUGCGAACACUUUAAAGUACGAUGAUUUCGAGCUACUGUACGUUCGCAUAGCUGGCAAGCAUUUCGACUAUUUUCUCAAGGAUUUGAUCUUGAAUUCAAUGCACCGACCGGUCCAGGAUUUGUGCUUACAUCACCGCAGGACAGGAGACGCUGUAGCCUGAAGGUUAAGUCAAAAUUUGGGUAGCGAGUAAUUCUCAUGGCAAAGCAGCCUUUCGGGCGAGUAGUACAUGCGACAUUUUGGAUAAUAUGUUGUCGCGAACUUUGAUAGAAAAGAGCCUCCUUAGCAUAGGUAACCUCCACAAAACGGUGGCCGUUGAUAGAGGCCCGGGUCAGUCGUGUAUUAAGAGGGUAAAAAUUUCUUCAAAGUAAGAAACAGAGGCAUAGUAUGUUGACGAUGAAGGACCAACCUAUCACUAAUCCGACCGCUAUGAGCACGUAACCAUAGUCUAUGAUGGUUAUUUCUGCCAAUAACCAUCUAUAAUCUAUAAUCUACAGGAUGAUGAAUUCAAAUCUUGUUCAGAAAUUCUAAAGAAAUUGCCUGGUGCGGAAAGCGGAUAUUAUUGGAUAACUAUUGGAAAUAGAGACGCACAAGUUUACUGUGAUUUGGAAAAACAUGGUAUGUACAAAAGGAUAAAAUAAAAAGCAAAGAGCAAAUUUUACUUAAAAAAAAAACCUUAAAUUCUGCCUCUGGUAAGAGAGAAAGAUUACAACUUCUGUUACUGUUUUUGCUCAGUGGCAGUGUUGCUUUGGUUCAAAUUUCGGCCAAUUCACUGAGGUUGAAUUGUCACUUUUGCCAGUGAUAGAGCCUUUGAAUACCUUUUCAAUCCCAGGUAUCCGAUAGAGUCCAUGCUAAAAAUGUAUGAGCGUUUCCUGGGAAAAAUAGGUCUGUACAUUUUGUCGAGGAAACAAUCGCAGGAAAUAAAAAAGGAACAAAUAAAGGUACAUAUUGAGGUUUUAGUUGUUUCGCAUUUGCACAUUCAUUCAUUUCAUCUUUUUCUUUUUUCUCCCUUCUUGCUCUAAGAAACACUACCUACAUCAAAUUUCUUAAGCAUAAAAUCGUGCGUUCCUUUUACGCACAAGAGCCAGGGUAGAAAGUUGAGUGACAGCGAUAUACAUGAAGUAGCAAAGGAAGAAGGUGAAUAUGAAAAAAAGACAAAUAACAAUAAUGAUAAUAAUAACAAAAAUGGUAAUAACAGUAUGACAUAAAGGGCGCCUAUAUUGAGGAUUUGAUCAAUCCACAUUCUGAGCUGACAUAUUGUGUUUGAAUAGCUCUUUUUUAUGUGCAUUAUAACAUUCCUAUUUGUAACUCAUUAUAAAUUAUUGUCAAGACCCCUCCCUAUUCAAUGUUGCAUUUUUGCAGCUCAACGAUAACGGGAAUCACCAAUCAUCAAUUGCAGAUAGUAAAGAUGAGUCUUCUGCGAUUCGUAAAGCGGCCGGCGCUUCGCGAAACUCAUCCAAGCUAGACCUUAGUCAGUUAAGAAAGUGAUCAGUGAAACAAGCAGAAAUAAUUGGUAUUUUCAACGAUCUGAUAAAUCAAUUGAAAAUUUUCUCUAAAUGACAAAAUUUCUCCAGAUUUCUGCUUGUUUUUUUAAUUUUAUUUUUUAAUUUUUUUUUUAAUUUUACUACUUAAAACAGCUAACAGGUUAAAAGUUAUGCACAUAAAGGUUUUCUAUUCCUGAAAUAUUGGUUUGGAAUUAUUAUCUGUGUAGGUUUGUCAAGUGAAGAUGAAGGCUGUGUAUUCAGCUAUGACUUUACAAAGCAAGAUUAGUUAUUCACUAUUGUUAUGAUAACAACAUUCAGACACGAUCGGUCUUACAUCUAUAUAUCAAAAUGUUGUUUUGAAAAUGUAAGGGUAUACACUUAAAUCACUUUACAAUGGGUAACGAAACACUUCUUUGCACUGCAGUUAAAUGUAUUUUUGUGUCCUUCCAGGAACUUUUAGGGUCGAUGUGUUACAAAGUGAUGGCACUUUCUUGCAUACAGUAUUUUAUCGGGUAAAUGUCUGAUACUCAUUUAUUUGAUCAUUUAUUCCAUACGUUAUUUUACGGAAGACGACUUCAUGAAAAAUGUACCGAAGCUGGAAGGUAACGAAAUUUGUUCAAAACCAAAACGAUGAGCGAAUAAUCGAACACAGAAUGUUUCUAAGAAGAAUUAAAGCUGUUGCUUCAAUCUCGUUUCCUUUUUUAUGGAAUCAGAGCAUGUCGUUGAUAGCAAUAGCAUGAAUUUUUAAGUGGUUAGUUUGAGAAGAUGAAAAAGUAAAAUAAGCUCGUCACGAUCAUAAUAUGAAUUAGUCUCGUUUUUUUCUGACUUUUAAGAUACCCAGUGGGCAAAACAAAUUCAACUCAACAUGUCAUCAGGGAAAGUAAGUUAACUAUUUUUUUUUCCAUUACUCGUUUUUGCCCAACUUGAUUAUUGCAUUUCAAACAGCAAUACCAAAAGGCAAUCUUAGAAAGCGCAUGUAUCACCAAAACAGUGCUGUGGAAUUUGGGUGUUUAUUUAAACAACAAAAAGUGCUUCUCGUUGAAAGAAUGAAGUUGACUUCAAUAUAGCACAGAGCUGGAACACCAAUUAGCGUGGCGAUAAGGGAAAUCGUUCCACAUGUCAAGCUAUACCUAGAAACCGUCACAAAUUCUCGACACGUCCCCAAUUUAUUAUAGUUUAACGCAUUUGAAGUUCUUUCUUAGUGUAAAACUAUGAAAGACUGGCUGACCGCUUCAAUUCCCAACGCGAUAUAGGGCUGUUGCUUGAUUACUUAUUCUUAAAAAAGGAAAAAAAAACCUUUCGUUUAUUUCAGUUGUCCACGUAUUAUCAUAUCCCACUCCUAUCCAAAUGGUUGGGAGAGUAGCAGCUGCACAGGGAUUGAAAAGGGAUAUCUUAUCGUGCCGAACAACUACUGGGGUAAGUAAAUAUGUAAAAAGGUAAAUGUGUUCGUGGACAUGUAAUAGUUUUGCGGAUUGCGUAUUCCCAGCGUGUGUAAAAGCCUGUUCCAAGCGUUAAAUGUGACAAAGCGGAGCGCGAUCUUUAAACGACACAAUGAUAAAGGCGGAACCAAAAACAAAGAAGGCUUGAGUCGUGGCCCGCCACAGACCCGUUUCUUUUUGCUCCGCAGUUACUAUUGCGCCGUUUUCUAUCGCGCUUUGUUUUACUUAUUGAACAUCUGGAACAGCUUGGCGUGUAAGUAAAACCCUCUCUUCCAUUACGAAGGAAGAAACGAUGACACAGACCCUUGGGAGUAUCCAAAGGAGCAAGUACUUGCAAAGACAAAGGGGAUCUUCCAGGCAUUCUGGCUGACAGAAACUAAAAGCCAAGUAAUCUCAAUUGCUUACCAGAGCAAAGCAUAUAAAUAACAGAAGCCAUUCAGAGCAACGCUAGGAAAAGCAAGCGAUUAAGUUUCACUUUUCAGUAUUUAAACACCCUUUGACUUACUGUGCGAAUUUGUUCAAAAAUAACUAUAGUUUUUGAUGGACAUGAUAACGGAGAGUGCGGCGGCCAGUAUUGGUCUUCGUCCCAAUACGGUGAGUGAUGAAAUCUCCAGCAUCAUUUAUUAUUUAUGAUAAUAUGCAAAUAUUACUGUAAACUUUUUAAAGCUAAUUUACUGGUAUCUUUGAAUUCUUUCUCUUGACCAAACGAAAUGAAGGGUUAUUCCCCAAUAGUCAGAUAGACCGAGUUUCUUUGGGUGGAUCUAGGGAAAGCUCCAUAUGUAUUUUUACAAUUUAUUCUUCAACCUUUUCUAUGUUUUGCUUUUGCUUGUUAGUUUGUUUGUUUUGGUUUGUUUUUUAAAUCUAUUUUUCCUUUACCUUUUCAGUGGUAGUUCGAAGUGUGUAGCAUACUUUUGUUGAUAAUGGUUUAAAGUAUCUGAUUCAAGACAGCCUUGGUGCUUGGCAUGUUACAAACAUAUCACUUUUCCGUUGAUAAUUUCAUCCCAAACAGGUAAAGGAAAACGUGCCCUUUAUGGUUUCACAAGUCAAGGCAAUCAUGGAAUAUACAAAAACUAUAUGGGGAUGAUGUACGUUAAAUAAACGUUAGACAGGUGUUGGCAUAGAUAAAUCUAAUGUGAUAUGUAAAGUUAUCAUGAUUUACACAGCCUUAAAUAGAAAAUUUAUCAGGGGGAAAAUUAUUUCUUACAUAGCGUUAAAGGGGACAAAACUCCUUUCACAAACAGUUCGCCGUAGUAGAUCUAUGGAUUAACCGAGGAAACAUGAGCGAUAGAACGAUUUAUUGUAAUUCCUAUAAGACUUAGGAGUUGACUUCAGAUCUAUUACUGAUUAAUCUAUUACUGAUUAUGGUUAGUUGACUUAUUGAAAAGAAGUUUAUAAAACGCUCUGCACUAAACGCCAUAACGGAAAUUUAUUCCUGCCUAACAGAUAUCUUGACCAUGCAAACAGUAAAUAACUUAAUGAAAGAAAAAAAUACAUAGAAUAGUUAUUAACUACGUAAAUAGAAAAAUUGAGAAAUCAAUACAAAAAAUUUAAAAUUUAAACAUAAAUAAAGAAAUGAUUGCAAAUGCGAUUGAUAGGUCUUACUUAUCUUAGAACUGACGUAUACUAAACAUAGCGAGAGAAGAGCAAGAUUCGGGACGGCCAUUAAAUCCAUGAAAACCAUAGAUUAAAUCAGCAGAGUGGAAUAACUUAAGAGUGAUGAAUUGCGCAAGCGCAACUUUUUGGUCAGGAGUUACUACAAACUAAUAAUCAACCCGAUACUUUCAAAUAGCGCGCUGGACAACAUGCAAAACUUGUCCUUCAUUCAUAAAGUUGGUAAAAUAUCGGCCUCUAUUGGUGAUUAAGGUCACUGAUCAUUUCACCUGCAUCUCCAUCAAUGUCAUAUGUUGCAGAAAUUGCAAUUACUGUAAAAUGUUAUACAUCGGCAAAACAGGAAGACGCUGCGUUCAAACACUUUAAUUCUCCUUGAACAGUGGAAGAAUGGAAUAGAUCGCUCUGUCAUAUAUAUAUAUAUAUAUAUAUAUAUAUAUAUGUAUGUACACGAGUUAAUUCGAUUCUCUGUGACUCUGAGUUUCGCGCCUAAGCGCUCGUCAGACAGAAUCGAUGCGUCCUCUUUAAUUCUUUAACUUAUGUAUACUUAUCUCUGCUACCACAGCAUUUAGCACUUUAUGCCAAGGUAGACUCUACCCCAAAAUUUGUAUGUAUGUAUGUAUGUAUGUAUGUAUGCAUGUAUGUAUGUAUGCGUGUAUGUAUGUAUGUAUGUAUGCAUGUUUGUAUGCAUGCAUGUAUGUAUGUAUGUAUGUAUGUAUGUAUGUAUGUAUGUAUGUAUGUAUAUAUAUAUAUAUAUAUAUAUGAAUACACACAUAUAUAUAUGUAUACACACAUUUAUAUAGUAACUGCUAAAUCUUUAGAUAUAUUGACAAAUAACUUAACUGAUUUACUCCGAGGAAACUAUAUAAGAGGUGACCACCUUCAAUGUUGUAGUUGUUUUUACGUAUCGGUUAUUUUAUUGUAUGGCCCAUAAUAUUGUUAUCAUCAUUUAUAACUUAUCAUGAUAUUCUUUUGUAUUCCCCAUUUUCACUUCCUCCUGACGUCUUAAUUUUUCAAUCUUUGUUUCACUUCUUUUUUCAUUGCAUUAAAGGUAGUACCAUGAGGGCAACUGUAGAUAGUUUCUGCUGACCAACAUAUGUUAAUGUGUUUGAGAUUCAUCAACUUAGCCGGUCCUAAGUAAACAUGUAAAAAUAAAAUGGAAAUCGCUUGCUCUAACUCUUGAACUCGCGCGUGACAGAUUUGAAAGUUCGUGCAUGCUCAGAUAUCGUUAUUGCGAGGUGAUAUUCUAUGUAGUAAUGUUUUGUUGUAAGAAAAACGUUUUAUUUUUUCGAGUAAGAUUUAUCGCGUUUUCUUCAAUAGAAUUUCCUAAUGUUUGAUGAAGCUUUUAACACAUUUAUGACAUUCCUAUUGCCAUGCAAUAAAUGAAAAUAGAAACGAGCAACAAAUGGAAAUAAAAAACUAUGAGACUGAUUCUAUGUUAGAGGCAGCAGAAAACAUAACUUUACAAGAAACUGCUCUAAUAACCCAAUUUUUUAUAGGGGGGGUAAGUUUCUAAAGAAACUGUGGUGCUGCGUCGGUGGGAGAGUAUAGCAGGUAAUUUAGUGUUAACAACUGAGUUGAAAACGUACAUUGGCCACCGUAAAGUGUAAAAAAGCUGACGUCUCGAAAGUUAGCCCUUUGUUAGAGCGAUUGGAGGAAUUGUGGGUUGUGUGUGGGUUUAUAUGCAGAAAGUGGAGCUACGUUAUUGGUGGGAAUAUGGUGACAGGAAAACAGGAAUAAAUUAGUUGAAUGAAAAGUGCUCGUUGAUUCCGUGGGGAUUAAGGGUGCCGAUUUGGAAGAUUUUUACCCCAUUACGGUGGCCAAUUCACGUUUCAACUCAAUUUUUUACAGACUUUUUAAAAGUUUAUGACCAGGACAAAGUUUGCAUCAAGAGAAGGUUGCGGAAGAUUUCACUGGAGCAAAUUGGAGAAAAUUGAAGCAAUCAAAAAUUACCCCUAGCCAACGAGUGCCUCCCAUUUUGGCAUUUUGGAAAACAAAAGUUUAGCCUUUGUGUAUUAUAUUUGAUAAUUUUUGUUUAUCUCAAGGCCAGAAAAAUUUUAAAAAUGCGCCAUAAAAGCAUGACACGGGCGUGUGCGUCACACAUAAUCAAGCAGGACCUCUCUGGAGCCACCUUGAGAAGACACUUGGCUGAUAAAUAUUGGAUCUCUUUGCACGAUUAUCUCCCGGGGCAGUUUAACAAUGAAAACAAGCAGAACUGUAUUUUGCUAAUUUGAAAGCAAAAAACCGCGGUCGUCAGAUGCCGUUUAAUUGCUCCUCUUCCCUUCAUUUUAGACAAAAAAGACCAUGACCCUAACUCGCACGCAAUUUACUUAUCCACCAUCUCGCUAACUGAAUAUCGGUAUUAUCUAAUUAUUUCCUGCAAGUUCCUGCAAAUUUAAUUAAAGCGGCUUGCUCGCUGCGCUACUUUCAAUUACAAAAGUAGUCUAUUGUGUCGGAACAGUAGUCUAGAUGUUCUGUUGGUUUAUUUUCUUUAUAUUCUUUCUUUUCUUUUUUUUUCUGCUGUUUUUCGCCGACGAUAAUGGAACUCUUACCUUUAUUAAUUACUCACUGGACCGAGAAUGGUUAAAUUAACGACUUGUUUUCUUAGAAUCAAACGCUUCAAUCUCUUUGUUUCUUUAAGGGAAAGCAAUAGCCAUACACUUUUUCACAUAUCACACCACGCUAUGCCGUAGUAUCGACGGGAAUUUCUACUGCAAGAAGUUUCAAUUUAUCUGACGUGUAAUUUUUUAUGUUGUUAUUGCCAUCAUGGUUAUUGUAAGUAUUUACAUAUGGGGCCUGUCCCAAUCAGGAACUUUUGGUGUUUGGAGCAACUUGUUGCGGUUACAGCAAUUUUCGAGAAGUUUUUGUCGUUCUGAGCAUUUCUGGAGCAAAAUGUAGCUUUAAAUCAUAUAUCAAACACGAAAAAGUCAACUAUUUCAUGGAAAGUUAUAUUUUAUACAGAUUUCUUGAAUGUUUAUAAUCUAACUUCAAGACUUCUCACAGGCCUAUUGCGACCUUAUCUAUUAAUGGGUGAUCUGUACGGGUCCGCAAAUGAUCCCAGGACCGCAAAUGAUCCCGGACCGCAAAUGAUCCCGACCAAAAAAUAAGGAAUAGCAUGGACUAACAUAUCAGAAGAAGGUUAAAACAAUUAUAUAUAUAUAUGUUGCCUACGCAACAUCAGAGUUCAUUAUAUGAAUGGACGAUCAUCGUCAGCACUAUUCACGCCACCGAAAGAAAAGCAAAGCUGCACUUCCAACUGUGAGACAUGUAAUUUUGUUAAACAAUUUUUUAAAAUAUUUUUAAAAAAUAAAAACUGGACGUAUAUACUGGACUUUUGCGGUACAAAUGACGUUCAAAUUGGGGUGUGAACUGCAAAAAAACACCCACAAACAAGAAAUGUUGCGCAAAUUCAGCGCAACAAAUUGGAAAUGUUACGGAAAUUUAGCAUAACAAAUUAAGGAAUGUUUAUUUUUAUUUUUGGGGCUCAAGAUUGUACUACUGAGUAGUUCAAUUUUGUUCAUCUUGUUAAAUCCCUGAUGAAGUCUGUGAGAUCAGACGAAACCGGUCGGAUAAUAAACUAAGUCGACAAGAUUUGUCGUUGUGUGCUGCUCACUAAUUUUUAUUUAAAAAAAAUUAUUUAACAAAAAUAAUUGCUAUCCAAUCCAAUUCCCUAUCCGCACCAUUCCCUCAUCCAUGCCAUUCCUUAUUUUUCAGUCGGGAUCAUUUGCGGUACCCAUCAGGGAUCAUUUGCGGUCCCCAUCAGGGAUCAUUUCCGGUCCGGGAUCAUUUGCGGUCAGGGAUCAUUUGCGGUCCUGAGAUCAUUUGCGGACCCGUACAGGAUCGGAUAAAAUGAUUGAAAUAAAACAUGUGUUUUCUUCCGUGAGACUUCAGAGGAUCUUUAAAAUUUCGCGCAUAUUUGCAAGCAAUUCUUGAAAGCUAAAUUUCAAACUAUUUUUCUGGUCCGAUGUUUGCAAUUAUUGUGACCAACAAAAAAUUACAAAGUUAAGAUUACACAGUCUUUAACUUUUCGUUACUCACAGCGUUGCUUCAGCUGUGGCCGGUGCGGACAAUCCAAUGAGAUUAAAUUGUUACUUUUGCUAUCCAUCUUCAUGGAUAACCUCUCGUUUUUAAUUACUUACUUACUUAUUCAGUCCUAAAGGGUAGAUAUAUUUGGGUACCGAAAUACUAGUGGAACAGUCUAAUCUAAAAAAAUAUAUAUAGGCGUUAGCUGGGAAAACGGGCCUGUUAGAUUUUAUCGAGACCUAUAGGAAACCACCUAGGGAAAUAGAAAUUAAAAAUAAAACCCCGUCUUUCAUUAAGGAGGAGGAAACAAUUACUCAUUGGUAAAUAAUUCAUUGGCUAACUAGUAUUGUCUAGUAUAAAUUGUUGAUGUAAGGCAACUAAACUCAGACUUGAGGCAGGUGAAAAGGGCUUUACAUGGCUACCCAUGUCCUGAGAUACCGAGCGCUGACACUUUUGGAAUAAACAGAAAUUCUGUGCAGGAAUGCUGUACGUGA